AUGGUAGAAUAUAUCGAGCGGUGGGGCGUGCCGCCGCCCAAAGACGUCAUACGCCCCUCCACAAUGGGGGUGCUAGCGGCGAGGGGUUGGGCAGGGGUGGAAUCAACGCGAGCGAGUGUGCUCGUCCAUGAUAGUAUUCGGGAUUAUGACAAGUUUUGCAAAGACUCUACGCGACUCCGCUCGCUCGCCUUACGACCUUUCCAACGCGCCUGCGCCGAGCCUGGCCCCUGGAAGCCUCCAUGGCAAGUUCAGUCUGGCUCCAGCCCUCCAGGAGACGUGGCACCAGCUUCCAGAGCUGUGGCAUAUCCCCUUUAUCUAUAUCCUUACCCUUACGUUUUAUAUUAUAAAAGCACCAGUUAUCCUAAGGGCGAGAGGAUGGCAUCCCUAUCCGGACAAAGCACACCCAAACUGACGUCGGCCGUCGGCAACCUUUACUAUGAUUCCAUCCUGCCAUAUCGCGAGGAUGCCAACGCGCAAACCCGGGAGUUCCUGGCGCGUGUGGUCGACGUGCUCCUGGAUUACGUGCAGCAGGUCAAUGACCGCAACGAGAAGAUCCUAGAAUUCAAGAUGCCUGAAGAAAUGCAGAAGGCGCUCGAUCUCCACCUGCCCGAGGAGCCCCUGCCUCUCAAGCAGCUUCUAGAGGACUGCAAGAUCACGUUGAAAAAUCAAGUUAAAACUGGACACCCGCACUUCUUCAACCAGCUGUCGUGCGGCCUGGACAUCAUCUCGCUGGCUGGCGAGUGGCUCACUGCAGCCGCCAACACCAACAUGUUCACUUACGAGAUCGCGCCAGUCUUCAUCCUGAUGGAGAACGUUGUUCUGGAGAAGAUGCGCUCGAUGAUCGGGUGGAAGAGCGGCGACUCUAUCCUCGCACCUGGCGGUUCGGUUUCGAACCUGUACGCGUUCCUGGCGGCGCGCCAUCACAAGUUCCCGCAGUACAAGGAGAAGGGUCUCUCCAGCAUCCCCGGUCAGCUGGUCAUGUUCACGUCCGAUCAGUGCCACUACUCGGUGAAGUCCUGCGCGUCUGUCUGCGGCCUUGGCACGGACUACUGCGUGUGCGUGCCAUCUGACGAGCGCGGGCGCAUGCUGCCAACCGAACUGGAGAGGCUCGUGCGCUACCACAAGGACCGUGGCAACGUGCCUUUCUUCGUUAACGCCACUUCGGGCACCACGGUGCUCGGCGCCUUCGACCCGCUCGUGGAGAUAGCCGACAUCUGCCAGAAGUACGACAUGUGGAUGCACGUUGACGCUGCUUGGGGCGGUGGUUUGCUGUUCUCCAAGAAGUACCGCCACCCUCGUCUGACUGGCAUCGAGAGGGCCAACUCGGUGACCUGGAACCCGCAUAAGCUGAUGGGCACCCUGCUGCAAUGCUCCACCGUGCAUUUCCGUCACGAGGGCAUACUGCUGAGCUGCAACGCGAUGUCCGCCGAAUACCUGUUCAUGACUGAUAAGAUCUACGACCCUCGUUUCGACACCGGCGACAAGGUCAUCCAGUGCGGCCGCCACAACGACAUAUUCAAGCUGUGGCUGCAAUGGAGGGGCAAGGGUACGUCUGGCUUCGAGCGUCUGAUGGACCGUCUGAUGGAGUUGUCCGAGUACAUGGUACGCCGCAUCCGCGAGCAGCCGGACAAGUUCCACCUGAUCCUGGAGCCGGAGAUGGUCAACGUGUCCUUCUGGUACCUGCCGCGACAGCUGCGCGGCCUCCCGCACAACCGCGACAAGGAGAUCAAGCUUGGCAAGGUGUGCGCCAAGCUGAAGGGGCGCAUGAUGCAGACAGGCACUCUGAUGGUGGGCUACCAGCCGGACGACCGUCGGCCCAACUUCUUCCGCAACAUCAUCUCGUCGGCAGCGGUCACUGAGCGGGACGUAGACUUCCUCCUCUCCGAGAUGGACCGCCUCGGCCAUGAUAUCGUCGUCGAC